CAAAACAGACAGAAUGCGGAAGAUAUGGGGUGGAUUUCCUUUAACGAACAAAACCGAAUAGCUACACACAUGAGGAAGUAGUUAAGUAAUUGAGUGAGACAGAAAUGGGGACACCCACUGAAGAGGAGGUCUUGGCAGGUAUAAAACGCCUGAUUCUCGAAGAGAACAGACAAUUACUGUGCAAAUAUAUGAAUCCAGCACGGUAUUUAGAUUAUUUGAGGUCAAAGUUCGUUUUGAAUGAAGAAGACAAAGAAGAAAUUGAGUAUGAAAAAACAAGAAAACAAAAAGCCAGCGUAAUGAUUGACAUCUUAUUGAGGAAAGGAGGGAAUGCUUACGACGUGUUUGUAAAGGCUAUACAGGUAGACCGAACGCAAACUGACCUGGUGAGGAUUCUACACACAGAGUAUGAGAAGCGAAGAAAUAACUACUUUGCAUUGGUACGAGGACCAGCCACCAGUAGAAUCCACAUUGACGACCGAUCGCUUCCAAAACCAGCGCCACCUCCCCGAGCAACUACAGAUUCGGGCCCUCCUGAAAACAUCCCUCCAGAGCACGAUCAUGUCCCCCCGCCUAUUACUAAACCCUUGCUCAGCGCUCAACCAGGAAGGAAACGCAACCUAUUGCAAAUUGGCUCUCAGCAAAAAGCUUGUCAUGACCCAACGGUUUCAUCAGAAGAAAAAGAAGCCAUAUAUUACAGAGACCGUCCUGAAAUGGCGCGUCCCGCUGGAGCAGUGAAUCAUAUUCCGUCAGCUGUUCAUGAAAUCGAACACAGAGACAUACCUUCAUCUGCUCGUCAAGUCGAAGAUACUGAGACAGAAUCAAUGAAAGAAAAGAAGGAACAAACAAAUCGUCAUAAGCUGAAAUUCACUUCCCGUUCGGCGGACAACGCCGAAAUUGACCCAGAUCAAGAAACCCAUAGGAAAGAGUGUUUACGCGAAGGGGAGGAACACACAGAAUCCCUAACGACGGGAAGCCUCAUUUCCGCAGAUUCUACGAAAUUAAAAGAAAUAAUGUAAAGAUUCUGGAGAAACAUUUUCUUAUUCUAAACGCGUCGACAAUCAUGAGGUGUGCCAAGUUACAUAUCGCAAUGGGACUCGUCUCCUUAUUUCCAAUUAUUGUCCCUGCAUGUAAGACAGCAUUAUCAAGUAUAUGUUACUGGACAUCAAUAACAGUCUACGCCUUUAACAACAUACGUUUGAUUGAUAACGUCAGCAUUAUUAGGAUGUGUAAAUGUGAAUCGUAACUCGUUGGUCAUCACGUUGAAAAAAAAUGCAAUCAUAUCAAAGGUGUUCGCUAGGAAGAAUCCUCCUCAUAAAUGUGUUGUUUAAAACUACCCCAUUAUAUUUCACUCCAAACGUGAAAUACGAGGUUUCAUGGUGAAAAUGAAGCUGUUAUUUUCACACUUGUCACAAUAAAUUGACCAAUCAGAGAGCUACAUUAACUGCGAAAAUUGAAAAUGUGACGUCAAAUAAUAUAACCCGGCUUAAUGCUGUUUGAUAGGCCAAUGAAAAUGACUAUAAAUGUCGCAUCAAUGCACAUCAAUCGGAAAUCGUUUGUACUUUCUCGUUUACGGAAAGUGCCGACGAUUCCCGAUUGCUCAGCACACAUGUUUCGAUGGAGUGAAUAUUUUAAAAAAAUAUCCAAAUCUAUCAUUCCACUCGAUGAACCGUAUUCAGUCGAGUUCUAUACUUAGUUCUGAAAUGAAAUUUCUCACUUUAUGAUGAUCAUUGUUUAAUUAGCGCCAUUAAUGUUAUUGUGACACUUGCUCAAUCAAUGAUACCCGCUCUGCUAUUUUUAACAUUAAAAAUGCAAUUUUAAUAUCAA